AUGGCAUUUAUACGCAAACUUUCAAAUCUCGCAGUAGUGGCUUCUGCAGCGGUGACUUUUUCAGGAGCGUAUAUAGUCUACAACAGUCGAAGAUUGCCCGCACAUGCCAGCGGCCAACGCGCCGGCGUUCUAGAGGAACUCGACCGGCUUCUUUUCGAACCAUCCUCUGUGCAGUGGGAUUCGAACUGGGAUUUGCGCGAGACAGGCACCAAGAAACCUAGAAAAAAGGAUAGUGGAAUAGUUGAAAAUGACGUCGAAGUAUCGAAGGAGAUAAAACCGACAGGUAUAAGGCAUCUGGUGUUCAUUAGGCACGGCCAGUACUACGACAGCGCCAAAAAGGAUGAAGACAAGCGACUGACAGAGCUGGGAAGGUAUAGAAAGAACGUUUUAUUUGUAAUACAUUAUAAAUAUGACUUCAUGUUAAUUUUUGACUUCAUAAGGUCUCUUCACACCCCUUUUAUCAGAUCACAACCAUCGACGCUUUGAAGAUGAGUCACAACUGCUCACCCCAGAUCAGGUAUUGCGUAACGCAAUCAUCUCAAAAGACGCGACACUUCAUUCAAAUAUGUUGAACUAGUUAGCCUUCUUGGGAAGGCUAUGCGGAAAGGACAAUAUCAAUAUCAAUCCCUGAUCGCCCAGAAUGCCAUUGUUUUUGACGACAUGUACAGGUUCUACAGUUUCAGCUGGUAAAUUUGCGGCGAACGGCGCGAAGGAGAAGUCUAUAGAUCUUGUCACGGUUUUGCUUUUCGACGCCAUCUUGACGAGUAGGCAAACGCAUGAGAAAUUACAGUGAUUGUAUGAGAAUCUAAUGUCGAAUAAUUUCCAUAGAACGGCUGUUCUGAAAAAAAUAUGAUUUGUUAACUAAAGCUUCACUCCUAAGGAUUCUCCUGAAAAAGUUUGAGGGCGUUACAUGCACUAGAAGACCUAGAAACACUUUUUAAAUUUUCCUUGCAUUUGUCUGUAAGAAAGUCCCGGGAAAAUUGGAGACAAAUAUAUGGAAAAUCUAAAGCAAGCCUCUCGAGAAAUUUAAGCACAGGUAUGCCCCCCAAUUUUUUUAGGGCAAUCCUUUGCUUUGUAGCUUUAGUUUACAAUUGAUAUUAAUUUUUGUUCAGAACAGGCAUUCUACGGAAAUUAUUCGACAUCAGAUUCUCAUACAAACACUGUAAUUUCUCAUACGUUUGCCUACUCGUCAAUAUGGCGUCGAAAACCGUGACAAGGUCUAAUCACGGAAGUGAUUAUUCAAAUUUAGACCGGUUUGUUAUUUCCCAUGGGAAAUUUAAAGUACAAGUAAGUUCUCCGUUGUCAUUCAAGUUUCUGAGUCGAAGGUUUGUGAGAAUGGUAGGUGAAUGUCAAGUUAUUUUUUUUAUUGAAAGCUUGAUUUUGUGACCUUUUUUACCAAUAUUUUCGCCUGUAACUUGACACAAAACUAUUUAAAAAAAAACAACAGUAAAAGCCAUAUGAGUAAGAUUUCUGCACAACCCCAUACGGCAGCCUCGUACUAAUUCAGUGACUAUGUAGAGUCGAAACAUGUAUGCAUAAUAAAACAAUGUAUGUGGCUGUACGGGAUCCUAGCACCUUAUGCUUUAACUCUUGUGAAGAGUUGUUAGGCAGAGAAAAAUUCAACAUUGAAAUAUUUCUCAGUACCAUGCCCGUACAAGAGAAUCCUUAAAAUAGACCAAAUUUGAAUAAAAUUUGCAUCCAGUUUCACUUGUGGUAAAGCUUCAGAGAAGUUCUUAUCUUUUAGUUCCAUUAUCUCCAAAAGCCAUAUGCUAACUUUUUAUAAGUGAUAGUAUUUAAGUUGUCAGCUUGAAGAACAUACAUUAUAGCUGCCGUGAGGCAACUUCUUUUUCUGAUCAGCACUAACAAUAGACGCACAACUUAAAUACGAUGCAUCGCAGCCAAGUACAUCGAAUCUAAUGUCAGCUGAGUCUUUUGGGCAUAUUAUAAUAAUAUAGUCUACAAUCUUGCCUAUAUCGCUGUAAACCCCAAAGAGUUAAAUCGUAUUAAAGUUGUGUGUCUAUUGUUGGCUUCUCUCUCUGAAAAAAUCCAGGAUCUGCCCUUGUAUACUUGUAUACCUUAUUGCCCAUUAUGGAUCUCUUCAACUUCUUGGGAUAUUUGAUCCUUUGUCUCUCUCUUUAUUAUUCUGUUUUGUUUAUUUCCAGAAUACAGGCAAAUCAAACUGGUCAGAGACUUCAAAGUCUUAACAUCAAGUACACCAAAUUAGUUUGCUCCACCUUAAUUAGAGCAAUAGAAACAGCAGACAUCAUUGCUCAACACUUACCUAAUGUGCCCAGGGAGACAUGUGACUUGUUAAGGGAAGGAGCACCUAUUAUUCCUGAACCUCCUUCCUCUUCAAACUGGAGACCUGCUAAAAGGGUGAGUAGCUCAAAACCUGGCCCUGGUUGUUCAAACAUUGGAUAGUGCUAGCCACUGGAUAAAUCACAAUCCAGUGAUUAAGUAUUACGGGUAACAACGCGUUAUUCACUGGAUGGAAAUUUGUCUAGUGGAUAUCAUUAUCCACUCUUUUAGCAAAUGGGGUUAGAGGCCUAGUUACAUGUAUAUGGCACUAGCAAUAAGUAGAAGAUCCAGAAGUUGAGGUAAUAGUGGGUGGGGCAGAGAGGGGUGAGGGAGGGGGCUGAAAUGACUGAAACAGAGAUGCCUGCACUUUGGAACACUGUUUUCUAUGCGGAAAAAGGAAGGAAUUUCAAUAAUAUUAAGAGGAAAAAGAGUCUGAGGAACUACAUUGUGUGUGUAGCGUUCUUUCACUUCUUAAAUUGUAAACCAAGUACAACACACAUCCAUUGUCAUUCUUUUACCUGUUAAGCUGAAAAAAUAUCAGAUCUCCUUCCGUGAUCAGAGCUGUCAUUAAGGGCCAUAACCUGUGACACCUGUUACGGCUGAGCUCACUUGAUGUUAUGGGUGAUCAAAGUGGAAAGCAAAAGGUGGUAUUAUAAAUUUUGUGAGAUGUUACGUGUGAAUCUUGAUUUGCUACAGCUGCUACAAAACUUAAUGACAGCCCUGCUGAUAAAAAAAACUCUACAAAUAUUACUCUUAUGUCAAAACACUUAGUCUUGGACAAAUUGUGGUUUCAAGCAAUGGAUCUCUCAGCUUGGUCUGAAUUAACAGCUGAGUCAGUUUCGGUAAAAUAAAGAAAGCAAGGGAAAUAUUAUUAUAAUUUUUAUAUUAGUCACUAGGUAAUGUGUGAUGACCUUCAUAUUAAUUUCUAAAAGGGUCAUUGACUUGAAAACUCCUAGAGCACAUUGUCAAUAGAUUAUUAUUUUGUACAUAAACCAUUACUUCUCUUCUUUUUUACUGACUGUCUUGUGUAACUUAUUUUUUUAAUUUUUGAGGAGUUUUUUCAAGAUGGCCCGCGUAUCGAAGCAGCAUUUAGGAGACAUCUUCACAGAGCAGAUCCAGACCAAGUUGGUGAUAGUGUUGAAAUCUAUGUGUGUCAUGCUAAUGUCAUUAGAUAUUUUGUAUGCAGGUGAGAUACUUAUGAUUUAUAAUAAUAGAAAUACUAUAGGGAUAAAAUAUACUGUUUGCUGUGGUUCAGUUUUUUUUUCAUUGAUGCAUUUUUUUUGCUUUUCUUUGCAUGUUGUUUGAAACUUGAUUUCGCUUAUUACCAUACCAACAAGUAAAGAAAAAGAGCCUGUCCUCUGAAAAAAUCAAACUUAACACUGUUGUGAGCAUAUUUCUGCAUGCAACUCAAGCAGCAAUAGGAGAACCAAACCAGUCACUAUGCAUGGAAACUGCUAGCCUUGUGAUUGGUUUAUUUGUCAGCGUCUGUUUCAAAAUCUGAUAAUUUAGUUUGGAUUAGACCGUAAACAACAGAGUUUUACAAAUUUAUGGCAGAGUCAGAGGAAAAUGGAAAUUUACUGAUUCUGGUAGCUUCUAUUCCACUGAGCUUAUUACUCAACUUACACUAGGUCGUAAGCACUCUUACAACUCUGAUUGUGAUUGUGACACAGGCUUUUGAGUCUUGUAAGGGAAAACCAGCCCUUAUACCCUACAAUGGUAUAUGUAAUUCAGGACGGCUGUGACAAUAAUCACACAGCAGAGUUAGCACUUUAUCUGAACAACAGAUUGUGAUUCAAGAACACCAUUUACAGUGCGACAACUGUAACCAGGGCCACUUAAACAAAGUUGACCAGUGUAUUGCAUUAAAAUAACAAUACAUUCUGAGAAAGUUGGUUGAGUACUAAUCAGCAGCUCAUAAAAAAAAAACAAAACAUUAACUUAGUCAAAGGACAAAAUUUAAAUAUCAAUAGAACACUUUUUUCAAGAAAAUAAAGUGUUUUACCAGACUGUUUUUCUAUUGGAAACAUUACAUAGGAACACCUAGGAGACAUAUUUGCUUGAGCUCGUAUUUGUCGUCUACCAGCAGUUUCUUAACUACCAUUUCCAUGCUUUGCAAUACUUAUAGCAUGUGACCUCAAGACAAAAAUACAACUAACAUUUACAUUUGUUGGCUCCAUCAUUCACUCUAACGGACCUCUCAAAAAACACAGGCUUUCUUCAGCGGGUUCAAAAGGUGAUGUCUGUAGGUUGUAAUUGGCUGGUUUCCAUCCAUGUUGUUGGUUUCAUUCCAUGGUAAUUAUGAUUGACAACUUAACUUUCUCGGACUGUAUUGUUAUUUCCUUGUAAUCUGAUUGGUCAACUUUGUCUAGGUAGCCCAGGUUAUAGUAGUCUCACUGUAACUUAUGUAUUAUUUAUUCACUUACUUGGUUUCAUUAGAUUUGCAUGACUGCUGCUGCUGCUUGAUUGAAGGUCUAUAGGGAAAAUACCAGAAGUACAAUGUCUUAUCAACAGAAGAUUUUGUCUGAACAGUGCUGCACCAGUUGUGUAGUACAAAGUCAUAAUUUUAAAGUAAUAAAAUGGCAAGUCAAAUCUUCAGUUGUUAAGACAUUCAAUAGGCCAUUUCCAAGUGCUCUGGGGCCUCUGUAGCAAAACGAGGUUAAGUGCUCAGCCUUUGGUAUAGAAAUUAUUUUUCAUUCUCAUGCUAAGAAAACUCAUUUUCAGAAGAAAGGUUGAGCACUUGGCCUCAUUUUGAAAGUGAGGGUUUUUGGCACUCGAAAGCGGCCUAUUUCUGCUAUUUUUUUAUUUAUUCAUAUAUUUCUGUUGUCAGAGUACUUCAGUUUCCACCAGAAGGCUGGCUGCGCAUGUCCAUUGGUCACUGUGGUAUAACAUGGGUAACAAUCCGACCUAAUGGCAGGGUGAGCCUAAAAUGUAUGGGUGAUACAGGGCAUAUAGCUCCUGAAAAUUUGUCCUCAUGAAUGGAAAAAUACAUGUUUACUAAACAAUGAAUAAUGUCUUGCAUGCUGUAUGCUGGUAACUUGUAUUUCAUGGACACAAUUCAUUAUUUAAUAUACACCAUAAAUUUGUCUUUUAAUGCAAAAUUGAUACAUUACAGAAUUAACAUUACCUUGUUUCUUAGUCCUGUAUUCAGCUCUUUAAAUAAUACAGAAAAAACCCGGGAGUAAGAGCCUGGUUUUUAAGAUCCUGUUAGGUUAAAAUUUGUCAGUUGGGGCUCCUCUAUACAAGAACCCAUUUAGCAGGGUGCAAAGAAAGUAGUGUCCGAUAGCCCGGAGCUGGUGGAUUUUGCUAUCGGGCUUAGUGGCUAGUUUAGCCUUGCAUUAAUUUUGAGGUAGGUUCUUAUUUUCUAAAAUGUGGAAAAAAAUUUGUGUAAUUUGGCAAGUGUUAAAGAUAAGUCAACAUUCGGGAUCCUCUUGACGCCCCGACUGCAAUGCAAUUGUAUUCAGAUUUUACAAAAGGAAUAAGCUGAAUAACACUAAAUACUCUGAGCUUCAAUCGAUUUUUUCUAUAGAAAAUAAGAACUUAUUUAAGAAACUGAGUGGCCUCAAUUUGUGCUAAUUAUCAUUUAUGUAAGAACCUGUUUAGGUUAACUUGGGAAAAUGCCGGGGGGGGGGAGAGUAAUCCCUUAUAUAGGCCAUUACAUAGAUAUGUGCCUCCCCAAAAAGGAUGUUUUUGUGCCCUUUUGGUUGAAGAAUGGGUAUAGACUUUGGCCAUUUUGCUCUUGAAUUGGGUAUGGUUUUCGAGGGAAUUACAUGUACGGGAGUGUAUGAACGUGUUUUUUCGUUUCAAUUCCAAAUCAGUAAGAAAGAAAGAGAGAUAUGCGAAUUCGAAAUGGCAUUUAAGAAAUCUCUUUUGUUGCUGUUCUAAUCUAAGUAAUGAUGACAUAAUUAAUUAGAGGCCAUGUCUGUAAAUGGGUGUGGAUUUAAGAUGCCAGGUCUGAAAAAAGGUGUGAAAAAUGAUAUUUUUUGGUCUUAAAUAGGGUCAGGAUUUGGAGAACCGGGCGUCACACCCCCUCCAAUCUAUGCAGAUUCUUACUCGCGGGUUUUUACUGUAAGAUUUUUGUAGACAUUUAUGCAUGACUGUAUAAUGAACAUUAUUCAGAGACACAUUGCUUUUUAAAAUUCACUGUUCUUUAUUAGGACUGGUUCAAUACAAUACCUAUUGAUCUUCUUAAUUUUUUGUAUUAUUUAAUUUGAAUUUUCUUUGACAAAUGAUGAAACCAUUUUCACAUUAAUUGUGCUGUAAAACAAGUUAUUGUUUUUUACAUAGACUGAAUGUGUGUAUCCUUGUUUUCGAAACUGACCAUUUGGUUCAUAUUCUGUAUGUCUUUUUGUAACUUUAUUUAUUUCUAUACUUCAUAUUUUAUUUGGUUUUAUUCUUGCUGUUCAGAAACUUGGAAUGUUUAUUUAUUGCCACCUUUAAACGUUAACUACACUGUAACAUUAAAGUUACUGAUUUGUACGACU